AGCGUGGCCUCGGCGCCAGCUGCUCGGCGCUCCUUCGCUCCUGCUCCAAAACGUGUCAGGAUGAAAUAAGAAGAACCAGGUUAUUAUUACAAAACAGUGGAAAGACGCUAAGUGAGCCCAUACAGAAUGAUCAGACAAAACAAGCCUUCCUGCUAAGCCUGUCCAGUGUACAUCCUGAUACAGACAAGAUAAUUCCUGUUCUGUUUAGACCUCCAGCCUUCCUGCCCAUAUCUCUUCCAUUGGUUAUUGCUUCAUCUCUUCCACUCCGGGCAAAGCAAACUUUUUUUUGUCAGUUCGUGUUUCACACAUAUACCACAGGAUUCACCCUAUUAAAUGGAAAUGGUACCACAAAGGCUGAAGAGCACUCGCUUCAACAGAAGCAGAUCUUGUACAGCGUGGGAGCCAUUUCCUAUGCAGCUUGUAUUGGUGCUUUUCCUCUUGUCUUCAUGAAUCGAUACACGUUGAAGAGUUCGUUAACGCAACUAGUCGUCAGAAAACUUCUACCUGCUCCUCUUCUUGGCUUGAUGAGUGCAUUUACUGUGGCAGUGGUGAGAAGCCCAGAAUUUGAGAAUGGAAUUGAAGUGAUGGACAGGAAUGGCAAGGUUGUAGGACUGUCACAGAAGGCUGGUGAGAAGGCCGUUAAAGAAACAGCAUUGUCAAGAGCAGUCUUGUUUGGGACAACAUUAUUCCUGCCGGCUGUGCUUAUGCACUUUGUGGAAAGGGCAAAAUUUGCAAAAACUCCACAUGCUUUGGCUUCAGUGAGAAUGCUUAUGAUUACGUCAGUACUAGCAGGGAUGCUACCAGUUUCACUUAGUAUGUUCCCACAGUGUGGGGAGAUAAAGCGAGCAGACCUUGAACCGGAAAUUCUGUCAUCUACAGAUGAAACAGAGUUAUUCUACAAUAGGGGAAUUUAGAGAUUGGCUUUAAUAUAGAAAUGUGUGCUCUGAUUGAAGUGAAUUCUGAAUGCAUCAACAAAUUCAACUGGCAUAUGUGACUGAUUGAAUCAUGAAUUUAUGGUGGCAUACGUACCAGAUUGGGUGUACAAUGGUGUGGUCUAUAAAGAGGCAGACUUUGCAAAAUGAUUUUGCAAGCCCCAGCCCACAGGCAGAUGCGUACGCAUAACAAUGCUGUAAAUUAUAUUUGUACCAGAAAGCACUGUAACAAAGCAUUUGUCACAAACUG